AUGCCGCUAAGACUAUUUCUGCUCUUUCUUUUCCUUAAUUAUGCAGUUUCCGGAAAUUACCUAACCAACAGCAAAUUGCCGCCACUCUGCCAAGGGCAGGGCGAUUGCCAGACCAACUUCUACUGCGCGCAGCAAAUCGUCUACGGUCGGUGCAGUCUGGCAAAUCAUAUGGAACGUUGUGCGGAUGGGUUUUUCUGCUGUGCCCACGCCAUUAUCGGGUUUUGCGCUCGGAAUGGGGAACGCGAAUGUUUG